UUCCCUAUAAUUCUCACUCACUCAUUUUCCAUUUUCUUUUUCUCUCAUCACUUUUCUUAACUCACACUCCCCUCUCCUCCUUAGCAUGGAUGAACAACAUCAUAAAAGGAUCUUUGUUGUUCUUCAUCAAGUGGUGGUGAUUUUGUUGGUGAUGGUGGUGGUGGUGGUGGGACCAAGUAGUUGUGUUAAAGGAGGAGAAGAAGAAGAUAGGAUCUUGGAACUUCCUGGUCAACCAAAGGUGUCUUUUCAACAGUUUUCUGGCUAUGUUACUGUCAACAAGGUUGCCGGUAGAGCACUCUUCUACUGGCUCACUGAAUCUUCUCAAAACUCACUCAGAAAACCCCUUGUUAUUUGGCUCAAUGGAGGUCCCGGUUGUUCAUCAGUAGCAUAUGGAGCUUCUGAAGAGAUUGGCCCAUUCAGAGUGAAUAGGUCUGCUUCAGGACUAUACAUUAACAAGUUUUCAUGGAACUCACUCGCUAACCUCCUAUUCCUCGAAACCCCCGCCGGCGUCGGCUUCUCAUACACCAACCGCUCCUCCGACCUACAUGACACCGGCGACCGCCGCACCGCAAAAGACUCUCUGGAAUUUGUAGUCCAAUGGCUAGAAAGGUUCCCACGCUAUAAAAAUAGGGAGCUUUACAUCACUGGAGAGAGCUAUGCUGGUCAUUAUGUGCCUCAACUAGCUAGAGAAAUUAUCACUUAUAACACCAACACUAAGUAUCCCAUCAAUCUCAAAGGAAUCAUGGUUGGAAAUGCAGUAACAGACAACUAUUAUGACAACUUAGGAACAGUGACAUAUUGGUGGAGCCAUGCAAUGAUCUCUGACCAGACUUACAGGCAACUCAUAAGCACUUGUGACUUCCACAGGCAGAAGGAAUCUGAUGAGUGUGAGUCUCUAUAUAGUUAUGCCAUGGAUCAAGAAUUCGGAAACAUUGAUCAGUACAACAUUUAUGCACCUCCUUGUAACAACUCCGAUGGCAGCGCCGCCACCUCCCGCCGUGCCAUGCGCCUACCCCAUCGCCCCCAUCAUCCGGCAGUUAGGCAAUUGUCCGGGUAUGAUCCAUGUACGGAAAAGUAUGCAGAAAUAUACUACAAUAGACCAGAUGUUCAGAAAGCACUUCAUGCUAACACUACUGGAAUUCCUUAUAAGUGGACUGCUUGCAGUGAGGUUUUGAAUCGAAACUGGAAUGAUACAGAUGUAUCAGUGCUACCAAUUUAUAGACAGUUGAUGGCCAACAGAAUAAGAGUUUGGGUGUUCAGUGGAGACGUAGAUUCAGUGGUGCCGGUCACAGCAACUAGAUAUGCACUUGCACAGCUUAAGGUGGCAACUAAAAUACCAUGGUAUCCUUGGUAUGUCAAAAAUCAGGUUGGAGGGUGGACUGAAGUAUAUGAAGGGCUAACAUUUGCGACCGUGAGAGGAGCAGGCCAUGAAGUUCCAUUAUUCAAGCCAAGAGCAGCUCUUCAAUUAUUCAAAUCAUUCCUUUCAGGAAGUCCUCUCCCUAAGUCCUAAAAUUAAUCAAUAAUCAAUCACGCUGUAAAACAAAAUUAAGAAGCUAGCAAGGUUAGGAAAAAGGGAAGCCUAGAAGAAAAGAAAAAACAGAAAAAAAAAAUAUGGGGGUGAUAGAGAAAAAUUUAAACAAGUGUAAAAGGCCAUAGCUGCUAAUUUAAUUUCUAUAUUUGCAUUACCGCCGUCAAUAUAUAUUGUUGUGAACAAAAGGUUUAAUGCCAUUUUUCUUAAUCGGAAAAUUAACAAGAGGCGUUA